GCCAGGGUCGACUCCAACUCCACUCGAUGGCCGCCCUUUCAGGAAUCCCCGCCAUUCCUCAUGAUUCUGUAUCGGUCGACCUCCUCGAUGACAAGAAGGAGUCCCUCAACGAGACAAACGAAUCCGAACAGGAGGCCCUCAAGACCUUCGAUGACCAUGAUGUUACAAAACCAUUCCCUGUCGAUCCUUCGGAGCCCGAGGAGCCAUAUCAGCUCACUGUCCGUGCGUUGUUUGUCGGCAGUUGUCUUGGUGCUGUUGUCGGCGCUUCCAAUGUCUACCUAGGUUUGAAGACAGGCUUCACAUUUGGACCCCAAUUAUUUGGUGCCCUCUUUGGUUAUGCCAUUUUGAAGGCAGUAUCGAAAGCUCUCCCGGAAUCUGGCUUGCUGGGGAAACUCUUCGGCGGCCCAUUUGGUCCAAAGGAAAACUGUACAGUCCAAACGGCGGCCACAGCUGCCGGCGGAAUGAGCGGACUCUUUGUCAGUGCUUUCCCGGCCAUGUAUCGUCUUGGCCUCUUGUCACCGUUGCCUCAACAAGAUGUCGGUAAAUUGAUCGCACUUACCGUCUGCUCUGCAUUCUUCGGCAUCUUUUUCGUUAUCCCUUUGCGCAAAUACUACAUCGUCCAUCAAAAGCUUACCUUUCCAACUCCUGCUGCCACGGCCUAUACUAUUCGCUCUCUGCAUAUCGGCGCGCAUGGUGCUGAUCUCGCAAGGAAGAAAGGAAAGGCUCUCCUUUUCACGUUUAUCGCGUGCUUCGUAUUCAAGGUCGUUUCUGGCUAUGCACCGGGAGUUAUUUUUGACUGGCACGUCGGCUGGACACUUUAUCGCCUUGGUUUCACCAGCAUUAUUGCUCUGGAAAACUACGGCUGGUGGAUCGAAUUCACGCCUGCCUUUGUUGGCGCUGGAAUGUUGAGCGGCCUCAAUGCCAGCUGGAGUUUCCUCCUUGGUGCUGUCCUGUCCUGGGGUAUAAUUGCUCCAUCCUUGGUUAAGCACGGUCUCGCCGUUGGGAAACCCGCAAGCGACGAAUUUCCGUUGAUUUCAUAUGGAUCGUUAAGCUUUACUGCUGAUGUUUCCGAAUACAUCAAUAGUCCGUCGCCUCGUUACUGGCUGCUUUGGCCAGGUGUUUUGAUGAUGCUGCUCUACUCUUUUACCGACAUCUUCCUCAGCUUGAUUCCUAUCUUUGCUGCUAUGCGCGGAAGUCUCGUGAAAGAAAUAAAGUCCUUCUACAAGAAAGGCGAAAUUCAGCCGGAAGAUGAAGAUCAAACGCCUAUGGAAGAUCGAGUACCCACCGCCUGGUGGACCAUUGGCCUGCUUCUCGUCACAAUCAUGAGCUGCGCCAUUCUUGCCACCAUGUUUCCUCUCAACGUGGGAGAAGCAAUCCUCGCCCUCCUCGUCGGUUUCCUAUUCUCCUUCAUCGGAGUGCAGUCCUCUGGUGCGACCGACAUCAAUCCGACAGGCACAGUCGCCAAGGCUUCUCAACUGGUCUUCGGUGGUAUUGCUAAAGGGCAGGCCAUGUCGAUUGGUUCAGCACGCAUGUUCAACUUGACAGCUGGUACCAUAGCUUCGGGGAGCGCAGGUCAAUCCAGCGACAUGACAGGAGAUUUGAAGACCGGGUACUUACUCCGUGCCAAACCCAAGGUCCAGUUCAUCGCCCAGCUAGUUGGCUCUGUCGUCUCUGUCUUCCUGAGUAUCGGUCUCUUCAUCUUGUUCACCAAGGCUUCCCCUUGCAUCAUCGCUGCGGAAUCCGACACUAAAUGCACAUACGGUGCACCUUCAGUAUCUGCUUGGGUUGCGGUGUCUGUCGCAGUCACAUCCCCAACACUCCCCGUUUCUCGAUCGUCGGGAUACACUGCUGUGGCCAUGGGAGUUUUCUGUGUUGUCUCGACCUGUAUCAAGCACUGGUUCGUCCCCAAGAAAUACUGGAUCUACAUUCCCAACUGGAACGCAGUCGGUCUGGCUUUCGUAACCCCACAAGUAUACUACCCGCUCGCCAUGGCAGUAGGAUCUGUCAUCAAUUACUUCUGGCAGAAACGGAACCCUAAGCACCAUGACAUUUACAUGUUUGCCGUCGCUGCCGGUCUACUCGCUGGAGAAGGUCUGGGUGGAGUAUUCAACGCCCUUCUUGCCGUCAUCGGAGUCGAUGGAUCCAAAUUCGGAACCGUGAUUGGGUGCCCAGGGUUGGAGUUCUGUGGAUAGGGUGGCGGGAGGUAAUCCGGAUCCAAGUGCAAGCGUGUGCACCACGAACCGUACGAAAAACUGGAUGUAAAUCAUGUAGUGUAAUGGAAUUGGAACUCAAAAUCAAUUUCGGCAUAAUCAAUGCCAUCGAGGAUGUCGCAUUUCUUUUGUAAUACUUCUCAACAUUUCGGUAACUUUCGAUUUUCAUUGAUCAUCAUUGCGUACAGUUCAGCAGUAAAACAACCCAACUUGAACCUCUCCUGGGUCGAGUGCACCAGUCUGGUCAAUCGAAAGAGCCCAGGGAGAUCCACAUUGUCAUCAAUGCAAGACACACUAGCCCGAGGGAACAAGUCAUGCGACUGUUCAAUUCCGUGAUUCGGCAGAUAUUGACGGCCUGAUAAUUGGUCGAGACGAGCUAGAAAAACCGAGAUAGGGCCUGCAUCGGUCGAGUCAUUUAC